AUGGCAGACGUCGAACUUCAAUCUGCAUCGACCUCGGUCUUGGAAGACUGGUGUCGCGAUUUCAACAUCAAGCCGCCUCAGCGGAAACUUGGGAGAAGAGCCAUCAUAGCUCAACUACGGAAGCAUUUGGAGUCCACGGCUUCACAGGCGGCACGUUUGCCCCUAAGUGCAGUUACAAAGCGCUUGAGAACAAAGACUCCAGAUCCACACCGGCUGUGGGUUCACGCAGACAUAGGGUCUUUCGAUGAUGCAGCCGGCGCUCUGACGACGCCCUCAACGGCCGUGUGUUCCAACUUGGGUUUCUUGGACAAGAGGGAACAUCAUCUUCUUGGGCAUCCCGUAGCGAAGCUACCUAUCUCUUUCUCUGCCAGGCCACUCGAGCUACCAACUCCGUCCAAACACGAAGUUCCAGCUUCUAUCUGGAAGAGAUGCCGUCGCAAGACUUCCAUGUCAGAGCUAUCCGGUGCGAGGGCAGCGGUGCAGCACACCGUCAGCCGCAAGACGACCGGUGAAUCCGAAGCUUUGUCGAAAGCAUGUUCGGAGGAUGUCGGCGCCGGCCCAGCCAGCUGGCUUGGCAAGCGUCGCCGCAUCCUGAUGCCAGUGCUCCCUACACGAGAAGUCCUGAGUGGAGGUGAACAGCUCCUGAAUGCGCGAAGCCCUGAGCGGCUUCAGUCUGAGCCGGAAGAUGCAGAUGUGCACAGCCUGCCUGGCACGCCGAAAGCUUGCCAGUCUGCAGGCCCAUCAUCCGUGAUCAAGGAUCUCACUCCUGCCUCGAAGCUCGUGCGUCUCUCGAUCGCUGCAGCCGAGCUCGAUGUUUCCGCGCGCGAGCCACGCUUGGUCGACUUUGCAACUGGAAUGCUGCACGUGCUUCCCAGCAAUGGCGUUGUGGCUCUGGGUCGAUGCGUUGGCUGUGAAAUUCCUGUGCAGAGUCCUGUAGUGGAGACCCGACACUGUGUACUAGUUUGCUGUUCUGGCACGGUGACAGUCGAAGAUGUCAGUGCUAGUGGCACUGCGGUAAAUGAUGCGCAGCUGCCCAAAGGCGACUUCUUGCCACAACCUCUCGUGCUGCAGCGCGGAGACGUUCUUGCUCUUGCACCCCCCGACGGGCCGACCUUCCUCUUCUUGGAUGCUGCUUGCAGUUAG